GGGAGCAAGUGGGAGCUGCGGGCGUAGGCACCGCUCAGGCGCGGGCAGUCGGAUCCCGGAGCGCGCGGGCAGGAGGGCGGCAGGUGUGCCGGGGCGUCCGUCGCGUGGCCGAGGAGGCGGGGGCGCGCCGCACCUGUCCGGGGGCGGGGUCCACGCAGGCUACGCCUCCGCCGGGCUCCGCGGACGGGCGGUGGAACGUAGGGACGGCUCCCCGGGGGUGCUGGGCGCGACCUCCAGUUGGGGUGCAGUGCAGGGAGCGCGCAGCCCUGCCCCGGGGUCGCGGUUCCCAUGGCAACCGGGAGGGGACUGGCGGCCCUGGGAGAGGAGGCCGUGGCGGGGAUGAGCGGUGGGGGUUCGAGACCCGUGCCGGGAGCCCCGCGCUCCGGUCGGGGCAAAUGAGCCCCGAAGGCGCAGGGCUCCAGCGCUGGCCGUGGCCCGAGGCGCAGUGAGAGCUCAGGCGGGUUCCCAGGGAGCCUGCAGAAUGUGGGGCUCCCCGGGGCUGCUGCUGACCCUCGCGCUGCACCCGGCGCUCGCCGUGGCCCCGGCCCGGGACUACUGCGUGCUGGGCGCCGGGCCCGCGGGCCUGCAGAUGGCUUACUUCCUGCAGCGGGCCGGCAGGGACUACACGGUGCUCGAGCGCGCCCCGGGCCCGGGCAGCUUCUUCGCGCGCUACCCGCGGCACCGCAAGCUCAUCAGCAUCAACAAGCGCUACACGGGCAGGAGCAACGCCGAGUUCAACCUGCGCCACGACUGGAACUCUCUGCUCAGCCACGACCCGCGGCUGCUCUUCAAGCACUACUCGGCCGCCUACUUCCCCGACGCCGGCGACAUGCUGCGCUACCUGGGCGACUUCGCGGGCAGGCUGGGGCUCCGCGUGCAGUACAACACGACCGUCGUGCACGUCGCCCUGGACAAGGACCGGCGGGCCUGGAACGGCCACUACUUCGUCCUGACCGACCACAAGGGCCAGGAGUACCGGUGCAGAGUCCUUCUCGUAGCCACCGGGCUGUCCGUCCCCAACCACGUUGACUUCCCCGGCUCUGAGCACCUGGAGGGUUACGAGUCGGUGUCAGUGGACCCCGAGGACUUCGUGGGCCAGAACGUGCUGAUCCUGGGCCGUGGGAACGCGGCCUUCGAGACCGCUGAGAACAUACUGGGCGUCACCAACUUCAUCCACAUGCUGAGCCGCUCCCGCGUGCGGCUCUCCUGGGCCACGCACUACGUGGGGGACCUCAGAGCCAUCAACAACGGCCUGCUGGACACCUACCAGCUCAAGUCCCUGGAUGGGCUGCUGGAGUCGGACCUGACAGACCUGGCCAUCCUGAAGGACCGCGAGGGCAAGUUCCACGUGACCCUGAAGUUCUUCGUGGAGGAAGCCGGCGCCAACCAGAGCGCCGAUGCCAUCACCCUCCCCCAGGACGACAGCGACAACUUUGCCAUGCGGGUGGCCUACGACCGGGUCAUCCGCUGCCUGGGCUGGAACUUUGACUUCUCCAUUUUCAACGAGUCCCUGAGACUGUCCUCGGGGAGCGAGUUCAGCAGGAAGUACCCCCUGAUCAGAGCCAGCUACGAGGCCAAAGGCAGCCGGGGUCUCUUCGUCCUGGGCACCGCCAGCCACUCGGUAGACUACCGGAAGUCGGCGGGGGGCUUCAUCCACGGAUUCCGGUACACAGUGCGUGCCGUGCACCGGCUCCUGGAGCAGCGCCACCACGGGGUCGCCUGGCCUGCCACCCAGCUCCCCAUCACGCAGCUGACCAGCUCCCUGCUCCGGCGCGUGAACGAGGCAUCGGGGCUGUACCAGAUGUUCGGGGUGCUGGCUGACGUCAUCCUGGUGAAAGAGAACGCCACGGCGUUUGAGUACCUGGAGGAGUUCCCCACGCAGAUGCUGGCCCAGCUGGAGAGCCUGACGGGCAGGCGGGCGCGGCACGGGCUCUUUGUGGUCCACAUGGAGUACGGCAGGAACUUCUCUGGCCCCGAGAAGGACGUGUUCUUCUACGACCGCUCCGUGGGGCACACGGAGGACGCCUGGCAGUCCAACUUCCUCCACCCUGUCAUCUACUACUACCGGCACCUCCCCACCGAGCAGGAGGUGAGGUUCCGCCCCGCGCAGUGGCCCCUGCCGCGGCCCACAGCCAUCCACCACAUCGUGGAGGACUUCCUGACCGACUGGACCGCCCCUGUCAGCCACGUGCUGCCUCUCAGGCGCUUCCUGGAGAACUGCUUGGACACGGAUCUGCGAACCUUCUAUGCAGAGUCCUGUUUCCUGUUCGCCCUAACGCGCCAGAAGCUGCCCCCCUUCUGCCAGCAGGGGUACUUGAGAAAGCAGGGGCUCGCGAGCACCCAGAGCCUCCGGCGGCACGGAGUGGAGAGCAGGCUGAUGCAGGACCACGCGGCCGCCAGCCAGCACCUGAGGGACAGUGGACAGCAGCCCGGCCACCGCGGGCCACUUCCAGCACCGCCCACGGAGUUGUGAUUGCUGAUGACCACGCCCACCUUGAAGACCACGCCCACCUCGCUGCACCUGCACCAAGCAGCCUGCAGGGCUGAGAUGUGGCCAUGCACCUGGCUCCCCUCCUCAGAAGGGUUCCCAGCAGGCACUUGAACCAGGGCUCCAGUCUCCAAGACGGCCAUCACGGGCAGACGGCCUUGUUGCCCCUGACACCUGCCGCAGACGGGGCUCUAAGAUGCCAGGAGUGCCUGUCUGGGUCACCCGCUUUCCGCUCACUGCCUCGCCCUCCUGCUGCUGGUCUCAGCAGGGCCUGCCCUUAGCCACGGCACCCACGGGGCAGCGCGGCUGUCAUGGUGUGGGCAUGGGAUAGCUCCCUGCAAGGCCACCUCCACUCAGCACCUUUCUCCCUGAGCUGCGAGCUCAGAGCUGCUGUGUCCCCAGGCUGUGCCCCCGCCAUCCCCAGCCUCUGCGGCUCCUCAGGCAUCCUGCUCCCCACCCUUUGCCCACAAUCUGCCGUCCUGAGCCAGGCCUUGCCUCCGGCUGCCCUGUCCAGCGCCAUGAGCGGCUCUCCUGCUGCCGUUCCCUGUGAGCACCCCUGCGUGCUGGCUGGAGCGAGGAAUCAAUGGCUGGUGUUUUUGUACCAUUUCGAUGGUGAACUUGGACUUGGUGCCCUUGGCUGCCCCACCUCUCCUUGUGCUUUCUUACCAGGAGGCGCCGUCUUGCAGCAGAUGUCUCAGUCUUGUUUGUGCAUUUGUGCACUGGACAGCCGGGGUCAUGGUGGCCUCCCAGAGCCUCCUCUGGGUCUCCCUAGUGCUUCCUGUGUGCACUGGGAAUUCCAGGGUCUCGGGCAGGCCCUCCGGCUCCCAAGCUCCAUCCUGGGAACACACCCUCCCCUUCCUCCUCACGCCCCAGGCCCCACACUCCACCCUCAGCAGCCUCCCCGCUGCUGCACCUCCAGACCUGGGUAAGGUGUGCAGGGCUGUGGCUUCCUCCAGGGCUGCGGCUUCCUCCAUGAUCCCCACACCGGGUGCACAUUGUAGGGAAACAAAUUGUAUCCAAAUUGUAUCCUGUUAUGCCCUCUGCCCGCCCCCCCCCCACACUUUUCCAAAGCAUCUCCUAAUGAGGCCCUGCCCACCACUUCAAGUCCUCCGACCUGGCGGCUGAAGGCUGGCCGAGCUGGCCGAGACCCUGUGGUUUCCGAUGCCUGAGCGGGUGGUCCUGCCGCCUUUGCCCUCAUCUGCCAAGCCCCCAUCCCAUCAGGUCCCACAGGCCUGGUGUGGAGAGAAGACCUGACCCCGGCCUUGAUCCGUGAGUCAGACCCCGGCCCUGAUCCGUGAGUCAGACCCCGGCCCCGUUCCUCUUUGUGUAAACUAAUAGCCGGUGUCUAAGAACUCCCUGUUCCCGUGAAGGUCACUGCCGCGUUAGCCAAGUUCCCACCAAGGCUGUCCCUCCGGGCAGCCUCCCUCCCCGUUUUUCUGCCCUGACCUCCAGUGCUGGGGCUUGGAGCCGCCUCCUGCUGUGCUGAUUCGGUUCCCCCGAGGCUGGACCUGCCAGAGGCCUGACUUCGGUCAUUCCUCCUCCCCUCAACUUUGCGGAGUUGCUGGUGCAAGACCGACAUGCUGCACGCUGGGGGGAUGGUGGGCCGGAAGUAGGGCCUCCCCUGGGCCCGUCCCGAGUGACCAACAGUGGGAAGGACUGGCAGGAAGGUGCUGUGAGAUUGCACCGUGCGCGAGGGAGCUGGGAAAAGAGAAGCAUCAUUUUGGACCCUGUUCCCUGCCGCAGAACGAACUCCCGGAAGUCAUUUAAAGCCACAUGGACGCCAAGGCUGAGGAGGGGCCCGGGAGCCAAAGGGAGGACUUGGCAAGCUUCCACACACCUACUGUGUGCCUACUGUACUGGGUGCAGGCUUAGCCUUUCGGGGUGCACCCACCUGCCCCGACGUAAUUGGCGUGACUCCUAGGAUGAUUUCUUUGAAGAUGAUGGCUCCAAACCCGCGUGGAUGAAAGUCAUUACAGAAUAAGCACGUGAAAGAAUUGAUUAUGCAAAGAAGUGGUUGAGCUGGUUAAGCUGCCUCUUGGGCUGUGCCGUCCACUAUCCGAGGGCCUCUGCUUCCUAUCCAGCUUCCUGCUAGUGCUCACCCUGGGGGGCAGCAGGUGACGGCUCGAGGCCUUGGCCCCCUGCCUUCAUACAGGAGACCCGGAUGGAAUUCCUGGCUCCUGGCUUCAGCAUUUGAGUGAACCAGUGGAUGGAAGAUUCUCUCACUUUGCCUUUCAGAUACAUGUAAAAUAAACGGAACUUGUGACAGGCAGGUGCUUUUUUAAGAACUGAAGAUUUUAAGUGAAGAACAGCUGUCCCUGAUGGACUGGUGUGCAGCAUACAGGGGCCAGGGAACAGCUGAGCGCACAUGUGUGUGGAGGAAACUUACCUGAAAAGCAGGAUACGAAAUCGUCCUCGCCACUACUUGGACUAACUGCAGCUGUGUGAAAAUAGGAAACUGGGACCAGCACUGUGGCAUGGCGGGUAAAGCCGCCGCCUGCAGUGCUAGCAUCCCAUAUGGGCACUGGUUCAAGUCCUGGCUGCUCCACUUCCCAUCCAGCUCUCUGCUAUGGCCUGGGAAAGCAGUAGAGGAUGGCCCAAGUCCUUGGGCCCCUGCACCCACAUGGGGGACCCGGAAGAAGCUCCUGGCUCCUGGCUUCGGAUCGGCACAGCUCCGGCUGUUGCAGCAAAUUGGGGAGUGAACCAGCAGAUGGAAGACCUUUCUCUCUGCCUCUGCCUCUUUGUAACUCUUUCAAAUAAAUAAAUAAAUAAAUCUUUAAAGAAAAAAAUAGGAAACAAACCAUAUUCAGGAAAAACUGGAAAUGUCACAAAAUAUCCACAGUGGCUAUGUUUGUUUCAUUUUAAUCAUCUUGUUGAAAUCUGGUUAUUCUGUAUGGUACAAUAAAUACAUUUACUUUUUAAAAAUAAUCUCUGUCAAAUGCAACAUCCCUGGAGGCGCAUGGGCCAGGGAGCCCUGCGCAGAAGCUGUGCUCUGAUUCCUUGGUCGAGUGGUGCCCAGCCAUUGUCCCUGCCCAGGUCACCACUGCCCUUCCCAGCACCAGGCAGCCACAGACACUGGCUGAAGGAGGGGAACUUAAGCCACAUGUGUGCUUCUCAUAGUCGCACUGAUAGGCCCAGCACAACCGAGGUUUCUGGAAGAAUCCUCCCUCCCAAGUGGUAGAAAGCGGAAGAUGAAAAUCCUCAUUUCUGUGUAAACCUCCUGGGUGCAACCUCCAGUGUGUCACAGAGUCCAAACUUCCCUUUGCCUGAUAAGAGUCGGAGUGUCCCGGGGGCUGGCGCCGUGGCACAGUAGGUUAAUCCUCCGCCUGUGGUGCUGGCAUCCUAUAUGGGCGCCGGUUCAUGUCUCAGCUGCUCCUCUUCCAAUCCAGCUCUCUGCUGUGGCCUGGGAAAGCAGUGGAAGAUGGUCCAAGUCCUUGGGCCCCUGCACUCAUGUGGGAGACCCGGAAGAAACACCUGGCUCCUGGCUUCGGAUGGGCACAGCUCCGGCCGUUGCAGCCAUCUGGGGAGUGAACCAACGGAAGGAAGACCUUUAUCUCUGUCUCUUCCUCUCACUGUCUGUAACUCUA